UGCCCUAAAAUAAAAAGCUGGCCAAGAAAAUGAAAAAUAUGGAGUCUUGAACGGCGACUAAUGCGUUUCAGCAGCUACCAUUAGCAAGUGUUGAAACGGCGAAUCACGUCACGGGGGACGAUGGGUCGCCAAGCCGUAGUCCAGUUGAUCGGCUCCAUUUUGUCACGUAAAACCUCUCCAUCGCCACCAUUGUCUCUGUCUCACAUCCGCCAUUACACGGCGGCUGCGCCACCCCCUCCAGCCGUCUUUGUUGACAAAAACACGCGCGUCAUUUGUCAAGGCAUCACCGGAAAAAAUGGAACCUUCCACACCGAACAAGCCAUCGAAUACGGAACCAAGAUGGUCGGUGGUGUAACACCAAAGAAAGGUGGAACGGAACACUUGGGACUUCCUGUGUUUAAUACUGUUGCUGAAGCAAAAGCUGAAACCAAGGCCAAUGCUUCAGUUAUCUAUGUUCCUCCACCAUUUGCUGCAGCUGCCAUUAUGGAGGCAAUGGAAGCAGAGUUGGAUCUUGUUGUCUGCAUUACCGAAGGAAUUCCUCAGCAUGAUAUGGUACGAGUAAAAGCUGCUCUUAACAAGCAGUCCAAAACUCGAUUGAUAGGACCAAACUGCCCUGGUAUAAUCAAGCCUGGGCAUUGUAAAAUUGGAAUUAUGCCUGGUUAUAUUCAUAAGCCUGGACGGGUUGGAAUUGUUUCUCGCUCUGGUACCUUGACAUAUGAAGCGGUUUUCCAAACGACUGCUGUUGGCCUUGGACAAUCCACGUGUGUGGGUAUCGGGGGAGAUCCCUUCAAUGGAACAAACUUUGUUGACUGCAUGGAGAAGUUCCUAGCAGAUCCUCAGACAGAAGGUAUCGUUCUCAUAGGAGAGAUAGGAGGGACUGCAGAAGAGGAUGCUGCUGCGUUAAUUAAGGAAAGCGGUACUGAGAAGCCUAUUGUUGCAUUCAUUGCUGGAUUAACUGCUCCACCUGGUCGUCGUAUGGGUCAUGCUGGAGCUAUUGUGUCAGGUGGUAAGGGCACUGCACAAGACAAGAUUAAGACUCUCAGGGAAGCUGGGGUCACAGUGGUAGAGUCUCCUGCAAAAAUUGGGGCUGCCAUGCUAGACAUUUUCAAGCAGAGGGCCUAGCUGAGUAGUUCAAUUGUUGGACAUCUAACUUCAUUUACUUUCAUCAAAACCUUUGGUUUUUCUGCAAGUUUCAAACACUUGAUUCUUGUGAAUUAUAUUGGAUCUUUUCUUUCCCCCCGUUUUUUUAAAGCAAAGAGAGAUAAAUUAAAAUAAAAGAUAUUUUAGGACCUUGAGGCUACUAAAAUUUUUUAUCAGACCCAAUCAGCUCCAAUUUCCGUGGUUCUGGAGUGUACACCACUUACCAUAGAUAAUGCCCUUGACGAUGAAUUUUAAAUGACUUCAACUUGCUGUUUCUGCAAGGUUGUUUGCUUUGUAAUUCUGUGCUUCUGGGUAAGUUAUGGCAAUCUUUGUCAUAGCAUUGCUGUUGCCCAGCCAAUUCUUUAUUGAUGUUUAAAAGGUGCAUGUAUCAUGCACAGGCAUGCUUUUCUCUCCUUGCCAAGGUCUA